AUGAUGUCCCAAACAAGAAAGAACCCAAGUUUCUCCAAAACCGACAGCAUGAGGACGAAACCCAGCAUGAGGACGAAACCCAGCAUGAUGAAUCCCAAGGGGGCUGCUACGAAGUCGUCGGAGUUGAAUAAAAACGAUGACACUCGUUCCUUAUCAGCCAGAACCUUCAAAAACUCAAAGGCAACUUGGAGCAUGAACCCUCUCAUGGAUGCUUUGCCACGAUCUCCACCACGAGGUUGUAGCAGUGGCCCACUUAGCAGCUCUGCAACUCUUUGCACUUUCAAGGCAGAUAGUUUCUACUCUGACCUGCCCACUACUGAGCCUUCCACUCCAAGAACCCAGAACAAAAUUUCUAAAGGUUCCUGCCUGAGCAAGUUGUCAAUGCGUGAAAGCAUAUUCUCAGAUCCUCACCAUGAAUUUGAUCAUGGCCGGGAAUCGCCUUCAGAAAGAGAAGACAGCUCAGUUUAUAAUGAAGAGUAUAAACAUGUUGUACAAUCUGCUGAUCAGAGCAGCCAUGAAGAAUCUGAUGCUGAUGAAAACCCAAACGCUGAAGGAGAUAAGCAGCUGAUGGAUCGGCCAAAACCCUACCAUGAAUUCUUAGAUGAGUUCAAGCAGCAGGAGCUCAAGGCUGAAAUAGAAGCAUGGACAAAGGCUGAGCAUAUGAGACUCGUGACCAAGUUGAGAGAAGAAGAGGCUGCUAUAGACGACUGGGAAUUCAAGCAGACCAGCAAGGCCUUGAAGGAGAUUAAAAAGAUCGAGAGCAAACUGGAGAAGCAACGUGCAAAAGCAGUGGAGAACACAUGGAAGAAUAUGCGCAUAGCCAAGGAAGAGGCACACAAGAAGAGGAUAAAAGUAAGACGAUCCACAAUCGGGAAAAUAUCCGCAGUUUCAGAAACUUACCAGAGGGCUACCUUCUCCACCAAGAAACUCAUAUUGCACAAAGUCGCUGCCUACUGCAAGUCUAUGUAUCUCAAAUCUGUCCGAUGCACUGCGCUAACAUCAGAAAUGCGACGAUCCUAA